AUGUCCCCUUUGACCGUGAAAAUUGGUUCCGUUCAAUGCACUGCUGAGCAAGAAGCUCAAUCAACGAACAGCAAGCCUUGGGAGGCGGAUCUGCCGUCAUGUGACCAAAAUCUGCCAUGGAAGGUGCUGGGAAGAGCGCUUGGAUUUUCGACGAUUGACCAACAAGAGUAUUGGCUCAAUACUGCUCCUUUCUUCAAUUCUCUCUUGAUUCAAAAUGGCUACGAUGUGCACCAGCAAUAUCAGUACCUGUCUUUCUAUCAUCGGCACAUUAUUCCUGUCCUCGGGCCGUUCAUUCGUCCUGCUGCGGAAGCCAGAUACCUGAGUGGCUUUUCAAUCGAGGGAUACUCCAUGGAACUGAGCGUGAACUAUCAAGCAUCCAAGGCGACAGUUCGACUGGGCUGCGAACCUGUAAGCCACUUCGCGGGUACCUCGACGGAUCCGCUGAACCAGACCAUAACAAGGGAGGUCCUGGGUAAUCUUGCACUUUCAGUCCCUACAGUUGACUUGCGCUUGUUUGAUUAUUUCGACUCGCAGCUUAGUUUGACCAUAAGCGAAGCAAACUCUGCGGCAGCGCAUUUGAUAAAACCUAGGCGGCAGAGCAAAGUCAUCGCUUUUGAUCUCAAAAACGGGGGUAUAGUUCCAAAAGCCUACUUUUUUCUCAAGCCCAAGUCACUGGCAACGGGGAAAUCCGUCCAUGAUAUCGCUUUCCGAACUAUUGAACCGAUAGCCGCGAGGCAACAAAUCGAGUCACCACUCUCCAUCCUGAAAACGUUUGUCGCCGAGCUCUUUGCAAAAUCUACUAUCACCAGUGACGUUUUCAUUAUCGCGAUCGAUUGCAUUCUUCCGGAACAAUCGCGUAUCAAGCUAUAUGUUGCUGAUGUUCAACUGAAUUUGGCGACGAUGCGGCAUCUCUGGACCUUGGGUGGAUCCGUCGCCGACCCUACCACUUUGAGAGGCUUGGAGAUCGCCGAGGAGCUAUGGAACAUUCUCCAGGUUGGUGGAGAGACCCGCUCACAUACCGACGUUGAUCAGCUACCACUUGUGGUCAAUUAUGAGCUAUCGUCGAGUAGUGCAACGCCCACACCACAGCUCUAUCUUCCUUUGCAUGGAAGGAACGAUGAGUCCGUGGCCAAUGCGCUCACCAAAUUUUGGGAAUACUUGGGCUGGAAAGGGGUGGCUGCACGGUACAAGAAGGAACUUUAUGCAAAUAACCCGUGUCGGAAUCUCUCAGAGAGCACAAAAGUCCAGCGCUGGGUAGCCUUCUCUUACACGGAGUCCGCUGGCGUAUAUUUAACUGUUUACUUCCAUGCAGUGGGUGGUAUUCAGGGCAACCUUUAUGAGUGA